AGAAACAAAGUGUUGAGGCAUUUAUUCCUUAAUUUUCAAAGCUGAAAGAACAUCUCAAAAUCCCUUUAUGAAAACACUACAGUUUCUCAUAAACAUGGGCGGGCCUAUGGCUUGUAUCCUAACCCUGUUAAUAUCAACACUCCUGUAUUCACCACCUAUUACAGCCCAAAAAAAUUCCACUAUAUCAGUAGGCAGAUCUCUUACAGCCACCACCAAUGGCUCUCAAUGGUUUUCACCUUCGCAAGAUUUUGCUUUUGGCUUUUCAAGAUAUCCAAACAAAAGAAAUCUCUAUAUUCUUUCCAUCUGGUAUGCAAAGAUUCCUGACACCAUAAUUUGGUAUGCAAAUGAUGGUAAUCCAGUCCCCGAAAGAUCAGUAAUAAAGAUAACUGCUGAUGAGGGUCUUGUUCUCAGUGAUCCUCAAGGAAAUAACUUAUGGAACACCUCUAUUAGUGGGGUAAACUAUGGUUUUAUGAAUGAUUCCGGGAAUUUUGUCCUCAAACAAAGGGGCAACGACACUCCAGUUUGGCAGACCUUUGCACAUCCCACAGACACCUUGCUGCCUGGUCAGAUUAUGGAAAUUAAUGGGGAACUCAACUCUCGGCUUUCAGAAACAAAUUACACAAAGGGAAGAUUUCAGUUACGUCUGAUCCCUGAUGGAAACAUGGUUCUCAAUACCCGGGACCUAAAUUCUGGCUUUGUUUAUGAUUCUUACUAUACUAGUCUAACAAAUGAUACAGAAAAUGCAGGUUACAAAGUGAUUUACAACAUCACUGGGGAUUUGUAUAUACAAAGAAAGGAUGGUUCAAAAUUUAAUCUAACACUAGCACAUAAAAUACUUCCACCUGAGAAUAAUUAUCAGCGAGUAACACUAAAUUUUGACGGUGUUUUGACUUGGUAUUAUCACCCAAGAACUUUUACAGGCAAUAAUGGUGCAGGUUGGACUGCAAUACAGUCACUCCCUGAUAACAUAUGCUUGAAGAUAAUAGGAGGUUUGGAUAGCGGAGCAUGCGGAUUUAAUAACAUUUGCAUCUUAGGUAAGGAUCAAAGGCCAAUAUGUCAAUGCCCACAAAACUAUUCUCUAUUGAAUCCCAAUGAUACAUAUGGCAGCUGUAAACCAGAUUUCCAAUUAGGUGAUUGCAAAAAACACGAUCAGGGUGAAUAUACAAUAGUCAAACUUCCAAACACUAAUUGGCCUGGAGGUGGUUAUAAACGUCAUAAACCUAUCAGUGAAGAGGAUUGCAAAAGCUCUUGUCUUAAGGACUGUUUCUGUGCUGCUGCCAUUUUCGAUGGACCUGAUUCUGAAUGUUAUAUAAAGAGGACGCCACUCUCUAAUGGACGGAGAGACAGAAGAACUUUAAAGACAACAUGGCUUAAAGUGGGGAAAGCUAAUGAUCAUAACAACCAAGUUAACUCUGGACUGAAAUAUAAGAUACAUCCUGUAGUCAGAGGUCUUCUGGGUGGUUCUGUCUUUCUUAAUUUAAUUCUGUUAAUUGCAGUAGGUUUGAUGAUUUUCAUUGCUCUUAACAAAAAGCAUUCUAGAGAUGAAACCCAGACUAACAGAAUCACCGAGAAUAGAAAUGUUCAUUGCUUCAGAUACAAAGAGCUUAAACACACGACUGAUGGAUUCAAGGAAGAGAUAGGAAGAGGGGCAUUUGGUGUGGUUUACAAGGGGAAAUUGACCAAAGGAGGUCCUCCUCUUUUAAUUGCGGUUAAGAAAUUAGAUCGAAUGUCUAAUGAUGCUGAUAGGGAAUUUGAUUCUGAAGUGAAUAUUAUUGGCCAGACUCAUCACAAGAAUUUAGUUCGAUUUAUAGGAUUUUGCAAGGAAGAAGAUCAGCGGUUACUGGUAUAUGAAUAUAUGAGCAACAGUACUGUGGCAGAUUAUCUAUUUGGUGAUUUAAGACCAAGCUGGACUGCAAGGAUUCAAAUUGCGAAAGGCAUAGCAAGAGGGCUCUUAUAUUUGCACGAAGAGUGUAGCAGACAGAUUAUCCAUUGUGAUAUAAAGCCUCAAAAUAUCCUACUUGAUGAAUAUCAUAAUGCUCGAAUUUCAGAUUUCGGGUUGGCAAAGCUUUUGGCUUUGAACCAAACCCAUACAAACACAGCAAUUAGAGGUACCAAAGGCUAUGUUGCUCCUGAAUGGUUUAGGAACAAACCUAUCACAGUGAAGGUAGAUGUCUAUAGUUUCGGGGUUCUAUUGUUGGAGAUCAUAUGUUGUCGAAAAAAUGUGUGUAUGGAACUUAUUGAGCAAGAAGGUGCAAUUUUGACAGAUUGGGCAUUUGAUUGUUAUCGGAUAAACAACUUGGCUUCUCUUAUGAAUGAUGACAUGGAAGCACUUAGUGACAUGAUAAGAUUGCAGAGGCUAGUAAAGGUUGCCCUUUGGUGUACCCAAGAAGACCCAAGUCUUCGACCAACAAUGCGAACAGUGACACAGAUCCUAGAUGGUGUUGUUGAAGUUCCUGAUAACCUCCCUUGCCCAACCUCAUUUUCUAUGACUGAAGUAUUAGCCUAAUGUUUGUAUACUGGUUUAUUGCAUUUUGUUUGCAGAACUUCAGUUAAACAAGCUGUGAAACCGUCAGGUUCUUGCAUGAAUUACAUUUCAAUCUUAUUAAAAAAUUUAUGUGUGUAUUUGUUACAGCAAUUUAAUUGCUUGUGAAUAAUAUCAGUAUUUACUAAACUGUCAUGGACAGUUCAAGAAAAUCUAAGAAAAACUUAGCUAAA